GCUAUUGUCUAUGUUGUUUUUAAAGAAUACGUUGUAAAACAACAUUUCACUAUAGCUUAAUAAUUACGUCGCUAGAUGGGUGUCUAUUCCUGCUACGUGUGUCUUUAUGUAGACGUUUGACCAUCUGUUUCUAUAAUCAAUCCUUCAAACUGAGCAUUUCGAUUGGAGAAUCACGAUCAUCCAUUCUUACUAUUCCCGUAUCGAAAAUUUUCCAAGUUGACAUUGAAUGGCGACUGAACAAAGUAAUUUGUUUGAUCUUACUAAUGCAACGUUUAGUAAGAAAAAUGACAAUCAUAAAAAAAUGUUCCACCACGAAUAUGAGAAGCGGCUGUUGAAGUCGAGCAACGAGAGCCAUACGAAUAAUCUGGCAGGUCCCGGAUUACAUUCAUCAGCAUAUUUCUCGCCGACUAAAAUGAUGAAUAAUAGUUUCGAUCGAUUUAUACCAACAAGAUCCGGUAAUAAUUGGCAAACAACUUUUUCAAUGAUAUCUGAAAACAAUCGAAACGGCAUGGUUACAAAAAAAGCUCGCGAAAAUGGAGAAGGUAGCCGUGACGGUAUUGCUUAUUCAUGCCUUCUGAAGAAUGAACUGCUCGGAGCAAGCAUAGAAGAUGUAAAAGGACAGUGUGAAGAGCGAAGAGUACUAUCACCAUUGGUUACCAAGAAUCUCUUCAAGUAUACAACACCUACGAAAGAUCAUACACUACUUGAUCAAAGUUCACCAUAUUCUUUGUCACCGUUGAGUGCCAAAAGUCAAAAAAUUCUAAGGUCACCAAGGAAAGCAACAAGAAAGAUUUCAAGAAUACCGUUCAAAGUACUCGAUGCACCAGAAUUACAGGAUGACUUUUAUUUAAAUCUUGUCGAUUGGUCUUCACAAAAUGUUCUUAGUGUUGGGUUGGGUAGCUGUGUCUACUUAUGGUCUGCUUGCACCAGCCAAGUGACCAGACUAUGUGAUUUAUCCAGUGAUGGCAACAGUGUAACAUCAGUUGCUUGGAAUGAAAGAGGAAACUUAGUUGCAGUCGGGACACAUCUAGGCUAUAUUCAAGUGUGGGAUGUAGCUGUGAGUAAACAAGUAAGCAAGCUACAAGGACAUAGCGCGAGAGUUGGAGCAUUAGCUUGGAAUGGGGAAGUUUUAUCAUCUGGUAGCAGAGAUAGGUUAAUAUUGCAAAGAGAUGUUAGAACUCCUUGUGUUGUCAGUGAAAGACGUUUAGGAGCUCAUAGACAGGAAGUUUGUGGACUUAAAUGGUCUCCAGAUAAUCAAUAUUUAGCUUCUGGUGGUAAUGACAAUCGUCUUUAUGUGUGGAACUUACAUUCCCUUUCACCGAUACAAACUUAUACAGAACAUUUGGCAGCUGUUAAAGCUAUUGCAUGGUCUCCGCAUCACCAUGGUCUUUUGGCCUCUGGUGGUGGUACAGCAGAUAGAUGUAUCAGAUUUUGGAACACAUUGACUGGUCAACCAAUGCAAUGCGUUGACACCGGUUCCCAAGUUUGUAAUUUAGCAUGGAGUAAGCAUAGUUCAGAACUAGUCAGUACACAUGGCUAUUCUCAAAAUCAAAUUUUGGUUUGGAAGUAUCCAAGUUUAACACAAGUUGCGAAAUUAACAGGACAUUCUUAUAGGGUUUUAUAUUUAGCCAUGUCACCAGAUGGUGAAGCUAUUGUAACUGGUGCUGGUGAUGAAACUUUGCGUUUUUGGAAUGUGUUCAGUAAAACACACAGUCAAAAAGAAAAUAAGUCUGUACUGAAUCUCUUUACUAGUAUUCGAUAGAUUCAUAUAAAAAAAAAUAAUUAAUUUCAUGUAUAAUAUAUACAUACACACACGCGUGCGCGCAUGUGUGCAAACACAAAAUUGCACGAAUAUAGUAUUCUAAAAAAUUAUAAUGUGUACAACAUAGCUAUAAUAAUUUACAAAUAAGAAUAGAUUGUUGACACAUGUAGAUUAAGUUUAUACAUGCACAGCUUACAAUUAAUGGAAUCUUAUGUGCAAUAAGUUACUACUUGUAGAAAUCAAAUAUGCCCUUAUAAGGAAAUCUAAAGGCAAUGUCAUUUUUAUAUAUUUUUUAUAUAAAUAUUUUUAUAUACAAUGCAUUAAAAUUUCUUAAAUAAUUAUAAAACUUAAUAGAGUGUCUGAUCAAUGCAGUAUCUAUUUCUUAUAUGAAACAUAUAUCUUUUUAUAUUUUAUUUUAUUUUUUUUAAUAUAUCAUAUUAUUUCAAUUAUAAAAUUUACUGAUUUCACAUUUGUAUUUUCUUUAUUGCAACAAAAUUUAAAAUAUAUUGCAUAUUCAAUAGAUUACUUUAACAUACUAUUUAUCACAACAUUUCAUUCAAAGAAAAGUCUAAGAUUACAUAAAAUUUCAAAAAAAUAUAUUGGCAUUACAUAUUAAUGUUAUUUUGAUGUGCAAAACACAAUGCUGCAUAUAGGCUGCUUUGGAGUAUCUUUCACUCUGUCUCCAAUCACUAUAUUCAUCUAGCUAAUGCUAUUUAUGUAUGUAGGUGCCAUAUAAAAAUACAAUACAGUGUAUUCUGAUGUGCAAAGCCACAUAAAAGGAUUCACUCAUAGAUGUCACUAAUAUGAUUCCUUUCAAGGGCGUAUUAUUAUAUUUCUGUAAGACUUGGAAACAUUUAGUCCUUAACCAUUUGUAGGUUCAUUAAAUUUUGAAAUGAUUAUACAAAUCCACAAAGACUACUUCUUUAAGUCUUGCAAUCUUAUUAAAAUUAAUCAUAUAUAUCAUGUAUAUGAAAAAAAGGUUGCUUACAAAUCGAAAUACUUUCUUAUUAAUGAUUUGUUACUUAAUAUUUUGCAAUAAGCAAAAUGUACAAACAACUUGAAAUAUGACAUAAAAUAAAUUCACUUAUUUAUAUAGAAACAAAAAUAAUAUAUUGAAAUAUUUACCUAUAUGUUUUAAAAGAAAUUUAAAAACAUUUAAUUAAAAUACUAUAAAGAUUCUAGUGAGUUAGAAUCUAAAAUUUAUAUUGUAUAAUUUUCAAAGAUAUGUAUAAUCUAUUUUCCAAAACUUUAAGAGAUAGUUUGAAACAUAUGUAGAAGAAAUAAAUAUAUCCUGUAAUUAGACAGUGAGUUUUUAUAAGCGAGUUAUGCUACAUGAUAUAAUUAUGUAUUAUAUUUCAUAUAAUAGUAUAUACGAAAUUAAUGCACGUAAUAUGAGCAAUUCUAAAUACUAUUAAUACCUUCUUUUUAGAUGUUACUAUGACAGAUUUACAUUUUAAUGUCAUAAUAAUAUUGAAAUAGAAGAUAUGAAUAGUUAUAACUAAUAUUCUAUAGAAAAUCACUGUAGAAGUAAAAAGUUUAGCUAAAGUCUAUGUUUGGACUAAUUGCACUUAGUUUGUAGAACUAAGUUUAAUAUAUAUUAUAAAGUGCACCAUUGUACAUUUCUAUGUUGCAUCUGUUACACUUUUAGGUAUAUUUUAACAAUAUCUAUGGUAUUUGAUUAAUAUUGAUCAUUGUGAACAUAUUAAAAUUCUACAUUUAUGAUUUUCAUAGAAUGCAAUAUGUUAAAGUAUAUCUCUGAAGUUUUGAAAAGUACUAUUAUUGUACUAAUAUUUAAAAAAUGCACAAUAUCAAUAAGACUGCUUUGUUAUAUUGAUACACACUAAUAAUUCUGAAUUAUAAAAGAUAUGAGUCAUUUUUGUUAUAGUAAUGUAGAGCCAAAUUUUUGUAUUUCAUAGUAUUUAAGAAUUACAUUUCACCAUAGAAAAAAUAUUGAUAAAAGUUUAUAUGCUCGUUUUAAUUGUUUUUAAAUUUGCAUAUAUUACUCUCAAAAAAAUUAAUCCAUAGACAGACUAUAAAGCACAGAAAAAAUUGUUUACGUGCCAUUUGGUUUUAAAUGUAAAAUAAAAAAAAAUUUAAUAUUGAUAUUGAAUGCAAUAUAAAAAUUUGGAUUAUUCUUUUGUUUCUUUUAUAUGAAUUUAAAUUUCUAAAAGAAAGUGGCUCAACAAAAUCUUUAUAAGUAUUCAUAUGUGUAUGUGUAUAUAUAUGUAUUGUAUAUGAAAGUAACUAUAUAUGUAUAUACAUACAUAUAUAGAAAAUAUAUAUCGGUGUAUACAAAUAAAUAUUUUAUUAUGCAUACUAAAAAAUAUAUAGAAGUAAAACCUUCCCAACAAAUUCUUAUUUCAAAUUCGGAAAUAAACGAAUAACUUCAUAAUUUUGUUUAUUUAAAAUUUAAUAAGAAAUUGUUUUCAUAUUCACAUUCAUAAUACAUGUCCUUUCAUUAGAUUUGAUUUUUCACAAUAAAGUAACUAAUUUUUUUCUAAUUUAUGUAUUAUUUAUGUACAAUUUAUGAAAUCAAUUUUGUAAUAAAAUGACCUAUGUGUAACUUUCGUGCAUGUAGGUUCAAGUCAUAUAUCUGUAACCUUAAGAGAAAUCAUAUUAAGUACAAAGUUUGAAAAUUUUGUUUAAAUAUGUUAAAUCAAUUAACAAAUGUUAAAUUUCUAAUGUAAACUAUUCUAAUAUUUAGAAUUUCCAAAAUUUAAACUUAAAAUAGUGUGUUUAGAUGGCUUUAAAUCUAAGUUAGUAAGGCAAUAUUAUAAUGAUAAAUUAGAUGUAUGUGAUCUGAAAUAAUGUAGCUUGAAUUUUAAGGAGAAAGGGAUUAUUUUCUCAACUGUCUAUUAACUAGCAAAUUGUAUAAUAAUAAUAUACUGAAAUAAUUAUCACAAAUGUACACUGUAAAACAAAAAUGACUCAUUGGCUCUCUCUAGGAGUUAUUUUUCCUGCUGCUUAUCUUACAAUAUAAAUUGUAAUAUACUGAAUUAUUAAACUUGUGAAAUGUUAUUCAUAUAUUUAGGCAAUAACUCUUUAUUAAUUUAGGUGGAAUAAAUUCUGAGUAAAAUGACGUUUUGGAGUAUAUGGAAUUAUGUAUAGCUAUGAAGAAUAUAAUAUAAUAUUCAAACUGAUGUAGUUGCAAUUUAAAGCUCUGAAAUGUAAGUAAAAAUAUAUUUUAUAAGAAGUAAAUAUAUCUAAUAUAGUUGAUAGUGCUUUUGAUUUAUCAAACAAUAAUUUUAUAUUCCAAUCUUUGUAAUAUACACUGCCCCAGAGGAAUAAGCAGUACCGUAAUUAUUAAAAAUUAUAGUUUAUUAUUCAUAACAUUCAUUGCACUCAUAUUUUGCUAAAUAUAAAAACAAGAAUACUAGUUAGUGGCAGCGACCGAAAUAAUUAAUCAUAUAUAUUCACAUUUUUUUAAUUUUUUCAGCAUACUCAUAUAAUUUGACAUAAUAAUUCAAUUACUAAUUGUUGAUUUCUACGCUAAUAAUUGAUGAUAUUAAGUUUUUUAAAUAAAUAAAAAUACCGAAAACUGUAGCGCUAUCUCUUGACGAACCUCUCAAGUUUGUGGUGAAAUAGUUUCCGCCCAGCGUCGCUAAAUGUCGCCACAAACAUGAAAAUAUUCAAAACAUAAAUUCUCUGCAUAUAAAUGUAAUUUUAUAUUUUAACUACCAUAAUUUAACUACUCAUUGUCGAUUAGUACACUAAUAAUUGUCUAAUGCCUAGUUUUUU